AUGAGAUUCCUAGCCGUCGUGCUCCCCUCCCUCACACUCUGCACCCACACGCUCCUCGCCCUCUCCUUCCUCCUCCCAGGCUCAGAUCCCAACCGCGCCGUCUUCUCCAUCACAUACAAUGCCAUCGCCGGCAGCGCAAGCAUAUUAGGCCUCGUGGGCGCUAUACGGGUAAGCACGCAAGCCACCUUCUUCAUCCCCGCGAUUCUGUCAGCUUACACCAUCGUCCACGCCAUCACCCUCUCCUUCGUCACCAUCGCGCUCGUAAACCUGAUUCUGCCCUUCGACUUCCGGUUACUCAAUCCGGUUAUUCCGAGCUAUGCCGUUGAUGGGUCGUUGUUGUGUCGCGAUAUCGAUGCGGGAUUUGGGUGGGACGACGAGUGGUUGGAGAAGUGCUCGAUGACUUUCAUUGUUGUUAAGUUUGCGAUUGCGGGGCUGGGGUUGAGUUUGAUGGGCGCGCAGUGGUGGGCGUUGUGCAGUGUGAGAAGUUGGGGGCAGGAGCUGGGGACGGACGACAGGAGUGGUGAGGGGGAUGUGGAAAAGGCUGGCCUUGUGCGAAGGGACGAUUAUAUGUUUGAUGAAAAGACGGGGUUUUAA